CAAAGGUGUCAAAGGCAUCAAAGUCUUCAAAGUCGAAGGGCAAGAGAAGAAGAAGAAGAUCGAAAUCAAAGGGAUCAUCCAAAGAGACAUCCAAAGGAACAUCUAAGGGAAAAUCUGCAAAAUCAUCUGGUGUUGUUGAUCCAACACCUACUUAUAAAAGGACAACCAUUAUUAAGAAGAGAUGCAAGAGAGAGAAUGCGUGCAACACGGCAAUGUUGAAUAACCCAACCCAAUGUAACCCAUUGUCCCCAUCCCCUGUCUGUGUGUCAUGCUGUACGGGACGAAGGUGUAAUUUCGCCUUACCAUCCAACCUGCCGUAUCCAGUGAAUCGCAAGAAGAGGGCUGCUACAUCCAUAUAUGAUCAUUGGAAUAACGAGGAGUUUAUAGUUGCUGAUGAUAAACCAGCCUACUGGAAUGGCACUGUACCAACAUGUAAUGAUGUUGAGCCCCCUGUAUUCACACAUUGCCCCAAGGAACUGAACGCGACCCUGACCUUGAAUGGACCCCUGCCAGUAGACUUUGUAGUCCCCACAGCAACUGAUAAUUCGGGGAUAACACCUACUAUUACAUCAAUCCCUGCUGGGAUUCAACCACCUUAUGUUUUUGAGCAGGAUGGCUAUGUUGUAUAUGUGGCUACAGACAGUGCUGGAAACCAAGCUAACUGUACAAUCAAGAUAAACCAUCUAGAUGGUAUCCCACCCAGAGUACAGUGUCCUCAAGAGAAAGUUGUUGAUCUCCACAACACUACAAGCUUCGUUGUUCCCGCCCGUUUCCCCGAUGUAAUUGCUACAGACAAUGUAGGUGUAGUGAGGGUUGUGUAUGACCCUCCUAAUGGCACCAUCGUCCAAAUGAGACGUUACUUGACUGUUACCGUUACUGCUUAUGAUGAGGCUGGAAACCAAGGAGCAUGCAGUUUUAACUAUGAAGCCAUUCCCGCUGGGUGCCCAGAAUGGAGUUUGCAAAAGCCAGAAAACGGGGACCGAUCAUGUUCGGCAACAAUUGGUGGGGCAACAGGGACAGGUUUUAGUUGUAAUGUGAGAUGCCCUCGCUAUACAGACUUCGUAACGGACCCUGCAUUGCAAUAUAUCUGUGUCUUCGGUGGAACAUGGGAGCCACAUAACUAUGUACCAGAUUGCACCAAUCAGUUAUUCCCUGGCUAUGCUUUGGACUAUUUCCUACAAAUUGACACUGGCGGCCCAGUGGACAUGACGUGUCUUGAGUUGUACAUGAACGCUACUAGAGAUGCCUUAUUGCCAAUCUUGGAUUCCAAUUUAUGUGACCCAUAUGCUAAAAACUUUGCAGUGAACAUUGAGAGACUUACUGCCACUGUUGAGGGCAGUGUGAUAACUAUAUCUUUGAGAGUGUUAAUCACAGUGGUUGAUACAACAGGAAUUAGCCCUAACUUUGUCGCUUGGUGCGGAACUCAAAUCUCCACAGCAGUGCAGGCAUUCAACCCAGGAGGCAACUUCGUGAUUGUGAUCAACAGUGGCAGUUGUCCUGACGGGACUGUACAACCUCCUGUAACAGAGGAGAAUAAGGAAUAUGUCUGCCCCGCAGGUCAUAUCUUCCGUGGGUCACAACAAGCUGGUGGAUACUGCUUGAUGUGUCUUAUGGGAACAUACGCCAACCAGACAACCAAUGAGUGUAUCCCAUGUCCAAAGGGACAGUAUAACGAUGAGAAAGGAUUGCCUGAAUGUAAAGCUUGUCCUGAGGGGACUUCCACGCUUGAUGUAUACUCUAGAAAUGUCAGCGAGUGCAUACCUAUGUGUAAUCCUGGUGAGUACUCCAGCAACACCCUCCAGCCUUGCGACCAGUGUGCAAUCGGCUUCUACCAACCGCAGUUGGGCAGUACUCAAUGCAUACAGUGCCCAGAUGAGAAACAAACAGCAACCGUAGGAAGCACUGCACUCUCCCAAUGUAGAGAUGUAUGUAUCGCUGGAACGAUCAGUAGCGAUGGUCUCUCACCAUGUGAAGAAUGUCCCUUACAUUUCUAUAUGCCAGAUUCUGGGGCAACUGCUUGUAUUGAAUGCCCAGCUGAUAAGAUCACUGAGAAAACAGGAAGUUUCUCAAAUACAUCAUGUGUUGAUGGCAACUUCUGUGAUGACCACAUGUGUCAGAAUAACGCUACCUGUGUAGAUAGAGGGCGCUACUAUACCUGUACAUGUCCCGCGGGAUUCACAGGAGUCAUGUGUCAGACGAAUAUGGAUGAAUGCGCUCCCGAGCCAUGCAUGAAUGGAGCAACAUGUAUAGAUGGCAUUAACAGUUACACUUGUAAAUGUGCCCCAGGAUAUGAGGGUGCUAACUGUGAGGAAAUAACAGACAACUGUGAUCCAAGCCCAUGUGUAAAUGGACAAUGUAUCAAUGGAAUCAACUCAUUCAAAUGCAACUGCAUCCCAGGCUAUCAUGGCGAAAGAUGUGAUGACAAAAUUGAUGAAUGUGAUCCCCAGCCUUGUCAAAAUGGUGGCCAGUGUCUUGACCUGUUGAACUUCUACUUAUGUAACUGCUCAAAUACUGGCUACGAUGGUAGAAACUGCACGGAUAAAAUUGACGAGUGUUUACCCGAGCCUUGCCUCAAUGGCGCCACCUGCACAGAUCUUUUGAUGGAUGUUAAUUGUACUUGUCCUCCCGGCUAUGAGGGGAAAUAUUGUGGAACAGAGAU